CGACCAGUGGAAGGGCCACUUUUGGAUGGCGCAGCUCUGCGGCGCCAAGCGGUGGACGAUCUUCCACCCCGAAGACGCGUGGUGCCUCUCCCCGAGCUGGCCAAGCGAGGCGCCGAGAUACAGCCGAGAUACAGCCGAGAUGCAGCCGAGAUGCAGCCGAGAUGUGGCCGAAGUGCAGUCGAGAUGCCGCCGAGAUGCAGCACCUCUCGGCCACGCCCUCGGCUACGCCGCCGCCUCCUCCGCGGUCCAGGCGCCGCGCCUCGAGCCAACCUUUCCUUCGCUCGACGAGAUGGAGGCGCAGCCGGGCCAGUACCCGCUCCUCCGCCUCGCGCGGCGCGUCGACGUGACGCUGCGUGCGGGCGAGCUGCUCCUAGUGCCCGGGGGAGCGCCGCACCGCGUCCGCAACGGAGAGAGCGACGCCGACCCGGCCGUCUCGGUCGCCAUCGCCGCCAACUUCGUGGACGGCAGCAACUGCGCGGCCGCCGCGGCGGAUCUUGGUCUGAUGGCGCGCCGCGCGGCGGCGCCGGAGCACGAGGAUCGCGGCGCGGCGGCGGCGGUCGCCGGGCUGGACGAGCUGGACGAGGUGGCGCUGUCUGCGGACGACGCGAGGAGCGCCGCCGCAAUCGGCGUGCCGGGCGUGGCGGGGCGCGUGGUGCCGUACGGCGAGUACGCGCGCGGCAGGGGGGGCGAGGCGGGGGAGCGGAGGGAGGUGUGCGCUUGGCUCGCCGCCGAUUUGGCGGCGGGAGGCACCCCGCUCGCCGCCGCCACGCCGGCCGGCGGCGAAGACGCGUACGACUCGAGCGAUGACGACAGCGUGGUUGCGUUUGAGGAGGAGGGGUGGACGCUAUGACCGGGCCUGGGGCGGAUUUACCUCUCAUGCUCUCGCGCCGUGGUCAAAGAACCGAAAUGG